UGCAACGCCAACCCAAGAACCAGAGAAUCGAGACAACAGUUCCUCCUCAUAAUAAAAGGAAAGCCCCCGAAAUGAGUUUUUCCGAUCAAUACCCAAGCCGCCGCGAUGCGGUCACCGGGGCGGCGGCGGCGGCGGCGGCGGACAUCCAGCCGGCCUUCGACGUCCUUGACGCCGACCGUGACGGCAAGAUCAGCCGCGACGACCUUAAGGCCUUCUACUCCAGCUUCGUGGCCUCCGGCCCCAGCGAGGACGACAUCAGCUCCAUGAUCUCCGCCGCCGACGCCGACUGCAACGGGUUCGUGGACUUCGACGAGUUCCAGCGCGUGCUCGGCCACCGGAGCGCCAUCGGCGGAGCGGGGUCGGUGAUGGAUGAGGCGUUCCGGGUGAUGGAUCGGGAUGGGGACGGGAAGGUGGGGUUCGAGGACCUGAAGGCGUUCCUGGGGUGGGCGGGUAUCCCCGCCGGCGACGAGGAGAUCAGGGCGAUGAUCCGGAUGGGCGGUGGCGAUGCGGCCGACGGGGUCCGCUUCGACGCCUUCGCGAAGAUCGUGGCCGUCGAUUCGCCAACUCCGGGAAUUGAAUCGAAUGCACCCGCGCGGGGUUCAUAGCUCCACCCCGCACGUGUUAUCUGGGUACGACGUUUGCUUUUUGGACGGUUCUGAUUAAUGUGGUUGGUCGGUUCGCAUUGGUUCCAUGAAAGAAAUGAAAUAGCUGUACUUUUUUUGCAAAAAAAAUACAGUUUCUGAAUGGAACGGUAAUGGUCACAGUAGAUAUCCGGUCGAAACGAAGGUAAAUCACCUAAAAUCGUGUCAAUUUCCAGUCUUUAACACAUAACAUGAGCAAUCUAGAAACCGUAGCAAGAUCUGUCAUCCUCUUGAAAAAUUCUGCCUGCACCAGAACAAUUUAGUUGGGUUGGAUUAUUAAUGUAUUUGCAUUGCUACUACAGAAUCAAAACAAGAGUUUGUAUAAAGAAGAA